AAGAAGAGAAGAGAGAAGAAGACAGGGAGGGCGCGAAAGGGAGAGAGCCCCAAAGAAGGAAAAGAUCCAAGAAAGAAAAAAAAAAAAAAAACCCAACCACAACACCAGCGGCUGCAGGACUGGGCGCAGCAUGAGAUCCAAAGGCAGGGCAAGGAAACUGGCCACAAGUAAUGAGUGUGUUUAUGGCAGCUAUCCUGAAAUUCCUUUGGAAGAAAUGCCAGAUGCAGAUGGUGUAGCCAGCACUCCCUCCCUCAAUAUUCAAGAGCCAUGCUCUCCAGCUCCAUCCAGCGAAACAUUUACUCCAAAGGAGGGCUCUCCAUAUAAAGCCCCCAUCUACAUCCCUGAUGACAUCCCCAUUCCUGCUGAGUUUGAACUCCGAGAGUCAAAUAUGCCUGGAGCAGGGCUAGGGAUAUGGACCAAAAGGAAGAUUGAAGCAGGUGAAAAGUUUGGGCCUUACGUGGGAGAGCAGAAGUCAAACCUGAAAGAUCCGAGUUAUGGAUGGGAGCUUCACUUCUUGAUAGGAAUAAAAUGUGUAAUGAUACAGAAUGAUAAAAUGGAACUCAAUGAAUGA